GGGGAAAGAUAUUUUGUAUUGUUGAGAACUUGAGGUGGGUGUGAUCUGAGGAGAAGAGAAGAGGAGAGAGAGUGGAAGUUGGAACCAUAAAUCAUUGAAGGAUGAAUGUAGAAGAGGAGGUUGGGCGCCUCAGGGAAGAGAUCAAGAGGCUUGGCACACUCCAAUCAGAUGGUUCUUACAAGGUUACAUUUGGGACACUAUUUAACGAUGACCAAUGUGCAAAUAUAUUUGAGGCGCUUGUUGGGACACUGAGAGCAGCUAAAAAGCGAAAAUUGCUCACAUACGACGGUGAACUACUGCUUCAAGGAGUGCAUGAUAAUGUCGAAAUCACUCUUAAUCCAACCCCUGCUGCUGCCAACUGAUCCACUUGUUUGUUUGCUUCUUCAAUUAAAUUAACUCAUUUUCCCUAAGAGUUGGGGACUUGAGAAUAAUAAUGUCUUCUUAGUAUAUGAUUUGUGUAAUAUACCAAUUUGUGAAGGUUGGGGGACUUCAGAAAUUAUGAGGUAUCAUUGUACCAAUGCAUGUAUGUAUGAAAUGCUGCGGCUACCUUUGCCGUGUAGCAUUCGAUUUUACUAUUGAGUUAAAGAAAUGGUUUCAUUUUCCCA